AGUGGUAUACAACCUUGAUUAAAAGUUGAAUAUUAUUUGGGUCAGAAUUUAUGACGAAUUUACAGGAAUAAUAAUUACAUUGUACAUUACAAUGACUAUAAGUGAUGGAGAUGGCAGGAAGAAGGAAUACAUCUAAUGAGAAGACAUCUGUAUCAGAGAAUGGUCAGCAUGUUGUGCAUAAAGUACCAUUGUGUAUGCAGAGUUAUAGCUGGGACUGUGGUCUAGCAUGUGCCUCAAUGGUUUUACAAUACUUUGGCAAAGAUGCACAUAAGGUCUACACAACUGACUUGGAGGAGCUGAAAUGUGGUGAGAGUAUAUGGACAAUAGAUCUAGCAUGCCUGAUGCAGAAAUAUUGUAUAAAGCACACACUAUGCACUAUAACAUUGGGGGUGGACAAAGGUUAUUCUAAGCAGGCAUUUUACAGUGGAAAAUUUAGUGUGGAUGAGGAGAGGGUAUCUAAACUAUUUGAGGAGUCAGGAUCAAAUGGCAUUGAUGUUCAACAAAGGUCAGUAACAAGGGAUGAAAUCCUAGACCAUAUUAUGAAAGGUAACCUCUGUAUAGCUCUGGUAGACUGGAACGAACUGGAAUGUAUCUGGUGUGACAGAUUAAAAUGUCAGACGUCCUGCUUUUCUUGUUUAUCAAGUAAAUGUUGUGGGAGCUAUCAGGGUCAUUAUGUUGUUGUAUGUGGAUUUGAUAAAAAGAAGAAAAGAAUUUUCUAUAAAAAUCCCUCAUACGAUGAAGAGCUUUGCUGUAGCCGAAUGGACAAGUUUGACGUUGCUAGGAAAAGCUACGGCACUGAUGAGGAUUUACUGUUUAUUUAUAAAGAUGGCGUGCCUUAGCAGCUACUAUAACCAAACUCUGGAUAACUGUCUGAAGACCAUCUGUGCUCAUUGUCUUAAAGAUAUACUUAUGCAUAAAACUUUGAUUUGUUUAUGCAUAAAUGAAAAAAAAACCUUUGAUUCACUAAUGCGUAAAUUUUUAUGCAUCAAAAACUUUGAUUCACUGAUGCAUAUGUCUUUAUGCAUAAAACUUUGAAUCGCAGAUGGGUAAAUCUUAUGCACAAAACUUUGAUUCACUUAUGCAUAAAUCUUUAUGCAUAAAACUAAUUUACUUAGCAUAACUCUUUAUGCAUAAAUCUUUGGUUCACUUAUGCAUACAUCUUUGAUUUACCUGUGCAUCAAACAUAAUUUGAUGAAUACAUGCCUAUCUAUUUACACACAUAUAUAUGUAGACUGUUCUGUGUUAUUUUUACUGUAGAUAUAGAAUAUGUAUAUAACACAUUUGAGGAGUUGGACCAAUUUUUAGAUAUAUUUAAAACAAUUCCUAUGCUAAAGAUAUUGUAUUGCUGACAUUUGGAUGUUUGACAAAAAGUGAGUUGUGAAGAACAGUUUUGUUCUACUGAUACAAGGUUCAAAUGCUUGCAAUGGUUAGGAUAAUGUGCCUGGUUUGAUUUCACUGGUUAUCAUUAGUAUAACAAAUUAUUUACUAUAAGUUAUAACUCAUUAUAGGUUUUUACAGAAUUUGAUAGGGAAAACCAAUAUUUGCUGAGUUCAGGAUAAUAUCUAUAUUUAUUAUUAUACCCAUAAAUUUUAUCCCUAAAAUACACACAAAUCAUGUAGUGCUUUUACAAUUCAAUGGAUAGAAAAGCCUGUAUUAUGUUAAUACAGAACCAUAUAUGGAAGUGCUGGACUAUUUUUCUUGUUGGUUUCCAUCUUAGUUGUGCAUUACAUAGUGU